AUGUUAGCCGAGGUACUCCUCCUCCUGUCCGGCCACCAAUCUUCUCUCUUCGUCCCACACCCUUCCUCCUCCUCUUCCUCCGACUCAACGACACUUAUCGUUUCACCUCACUUGACCGAAUACCUCCACCCAGGCGAGAUCACCUCUCUCAACAGCCUCGCCGACCUGUCCUGCAGAUAUCGUAAGAUCAAAUCAUGGGCCAAUGAUACCCAGAGAAGAGGGAGAGAAGCAAUCCUAUCCGAGAGUGUACGUUCAACAUCCAGAAGAAAAGGUAAACAGCGUCAAGACACUACGAUCAGUUCGGAAGAUGAUUUACCGAAUCAAUAUCUCACUACACUGGCUUCAUCGAUCUUAUCAAUCCUGCGUGAAUACGAAGUUCUGAUCGUAGAGAUUGAAUCCAAGAUAUUAUCUUUAGAUCCAACGUUGGUUCAAGAUGGUGAGGAUAAGGGAUACGUACCGCUUUCAAACUUGGUAGCAAAUUUCGAUAAAUGGAAAAUCCCUUUAUCGUCACUAUCGACACUUGUCGAUGAGCUAUCAACAAGUACACAUACACCUGGAAAACUGAUCGAUUUGAUUGAGAGUGAAGGCAAAACUGGGAACCCGAGGUUAUCCAGAAUAGAUUUAGAUAUAUCAUCGGCCCUGCACAAUUUAUUCUUGGUUCAUCUUAUAUCAUUCUUACUUUACGGUAUCACCACUUCAUCCAACAACAAGAUCAAUACGAGCAUGAUCGACUCGAUAGGGAUAGACGCUGGUUCCGAUCCCUCAUCACCGAAGUAUAGGAUAUACGCACUCAACGACCAUCUCAUACCCUCCUCGAUGGACAGGAAGACCAAAGAAAGUAUAUUGUAUAUUGGUAGAGUGUCUGCUACGCUCAAGAGAGAAAAUCGGAGCUUGCCAAAAACGUUGAUAGAUGGGAUCAAAGAUGAGAUAAUGGGUGUGCAAGGGCUGGACGAGUUGAGUGGGUUUGAUGAGGCUAUACAGAGAGCUAGAGCGGACAUUGGAGAAUGGUUGUGGAAGAAUAUACUCACGGGACCACAGAUCGUCGAAUCCAUUGAAUCUCUAUCCAACUACUUCCUUACCAGAAAAUCAGAUUACACUCUAUCCCUCCUAACUGAAAUCGACAAGCUACGACUUACCAAACUCGUCUUAUCCAAUCCUCAUUCUUCUUCUUCCGUCAUACGAGAACAAGAUCUGGAUUUGGCCUUGUUGAGAUCAAGUUUGGGAACUACAGCAGAGAAUGACAAAUUUUUGGAAAAGCUGAAAUGGAAGAUGGAUAAUGGACCUUUAAGAGCUAUUCCCUCGAAAACCCCUACAAAUACUCAUACCACGCGAAAAGAGGAGAAAGAGAAAAGUCAUAUAUCCGGGUUAUUCUCUUCGACGUUGUUAGGUACACCUGUCACACUUACCACCUCGAUAAGCUGGCCAUUGGAUCUGUUCUUGUCGCCGAAGUCAAUGAUGAUUUAUUCGGAUAUACAUUCGUACCUCCUCUCAUUCAGAUACACACUUAUGAAGAUAAGCGAUACUUGGUUGAACCUCAGUAAUCAUCAAAGACAGAAUCACAAGAACCACGAUCAGAAAAGCCAAGUAGGAAAGAGAUUAGUUAAGAUAUGUUGGGGAACGAUGAGGCAGAUGAAUUGGUUCAUCAGUGAACUCUUAACCCAUUUCAUGGAUAUAAUAGAAGUGCAACACCGACACCUGCUUCAACGAUUAGAUAUUCAAGAUGAAAAGCGAUCCUUGUUGAAUAGGUCCUCGAGCAAGGGAAGCCUGAGAGGAUCGACUAUUGGUAGAAGUUCGAUUGGACCUCUCAAGGGCAAGGAGGUUGUGCCGAAAUCGCCUUUGUCUGAAAGUCAUACCACGAAUUGGGAAGAUAGGACCAAUACUAAUACUUAUAAGAGUAACAAAGCUCCUCCUACGCCUAAUAAAGGAGAAAAGAAUUAUUUGGAUUUCUUGACUUUAAGAUCGAUACACUCCCAACAUCUCGCUUUCUUACUCGAAGCUUUACUUCUCUCCGAUCCAUCCGUAUCUUCAUUGAUCAGGGAUAUCUUAGAUACAUGUAGGAGGUUUACAAGUCUGACCGAUAGGUGGUAUAACGAGUCACCCGAUUCUGAGCAAGAUACGACCAGUAUGGAUCAAUUGACACAGCAGAGAAUAGAAAAUGUCAAGGAGAUCGAUGAGACGUUGCACGACCACAUGUUAGAUUUCUUUACCAUCCUCCUCGAUUCCCAAAACCCAUCUACUUCCUCGGAAGGCGACAAGGACAAAUCAUCUGUAGAUGGAGGAGGCGGAAGGAGUUUUUCGAGGACGAGCAAGAUGAACCAAAUUAGUAAGAUCAUGAUUAGUAGACAAACUUCUUUUGUCGGUUCACGUUCAAUUCCAGCAUCAAAAUCCAAGAUGGAAAAAGAGAAUACGUUUGAUAGUCACACUGGGAUGGUAGGCAUGGGUCUAGAAAGACAUGUAGAACAUUUACUAUUGAGGUUAGAUUUCAAUGGGAUAUUUACCAAGUGGAAAGAAGAUGAGAUGAAUGGUAUCCGGGAAGAUAAGGAAACUGGUUAUAGGAGUGUUUUAGCUCAAGGCGGAUUAUGA